AUGCCACGUCUUAGCGCUUCGUGGUAUGCGCAAAGGAGAGCUUUCAGAUCCAUCAGAAGAUUGAGUCGACAGAAUGAACGACCUCGGGUCGAGCAUUCUCCGACCGUCGAUCAGGCAAGUCUAACGAACGCUGAGGCUUCUGAGAGUAUCAAAACCGAAUCGUUCGAGAAGUCAAAACCAGCAUCCGAGUUGACUGCUGAUGAGAAGAAGGAUAUUCUCUUAGCAGAGCAGGCUCUCUCGAAUAAGGAGCAAAGAAAAGUCGAUCUGGCUAUCUUGAAAGAGAUGGCCAAGUAUCUAUGGCCCAAAGGAGAGCUGGGCACUAAACUUCGCGUCGGUACUGCUCUAAGCUUCUUAAUUGGGGCCAAAAUCUUGAAUGUUCAAGUCCCAUUCUAUUUCAAGAGCAUUGUCGACUCCAUGAAUGUUGAUUUUAUGGCCGUCGGAGGUACUGCAUGGACCGUUGCAGGAUCUAUGAUUGUCGCAUACGGAGUCACCCGAAUCGGUGCCGCUCUCUUUCAGGAGCUGAGAAACGCUGUCUUUGCUAGCGUUGCACAAAAAGCUAUCCGAAAUGUUGCAUGCAGUGUUUUUCAGCAUCUUUUAAGGCUAGACCUCAAUUUCCAUCUCACACGGCAGACUGGCGGAUUGACCAGGGCUCUAGAUCGAGGAACAAAAGGCAUCAGCUUUAUUCUCACCUCGAUGCUGUUCCAUAUUUUCCCUACAUUUCUGGAGAUAUCUAUGGUGUGCGGCAUAUUAACCUACCAAUACGGGCCACAAUUUGCUGCUAUCACCGCUGCGACGAUGGUUGCUUACACGGCUUUCACCAUUACUACGACUUCGUGGAGAACCAAGUUUCGAAAGCAAGCCAAUGCCGCAGAUAAUCAAGGCGCAACCGUGGCAGUUGACACCUUGAUCAACUACGAGGCCGUGAAGUACUUUAACAAUGAGAAGUUUGAAGUUGCGAGAUACGACAAAGCUCUUAAGGCAUACGAGGCUGCGUCGAUCAAGGUCACAACUUCUUUAUCAUUCCUCAACACUGGACAAGGUGUGAUCUUCUCAAGUGCCUUAGCAUCCAUGAUGUAUCUGGCUGCCAACGGCGUCGCGUCUGGCCAUCUGACUGUCGGAGAUCUGGUGAUGGUAAAUCAACUUGUCUUUCAGCUUUCGGUACCGCUCAACUUCCUUGGCUCCGUUUAUCGUGAAUUAAGGCAGUCUCUUCUUGACAUGGAAACAUUGUUCAAUCUGCAGAAAGUCAACGUGACAAUAAAGGAUCCACCAAAGCCUAAACCAUUGGCAUUGACUCGAGGUGGAGAGAUCCAAUUUCAAGACGUGACUUUUGGCUACCACCCCGAGCGGCCGAUCCUGAAGAAGUUGACUCUGACCAUACCUCCGGGUAAGAAGGUAGCAAUCGUUGGUCCUAGUGGAUGUGGGAAAUCGACUAUACUGAGACUACUUUUUCGAUUCUACGAUGUCCAGUCAGGCAAGGUGCUCAUUGAUGGUCAAGACAUUAGGGAGGUGACUCUUGAUAGCUUGCGUCAGGCGAUCGGCGUGGUCCCUCAAGAUACCCCGCUGUUCAACAACACGAUUGAACAUAAUAUCAGGUAUGGCAGAAUCGAUGCAACCCGGGAUGAGGUUAGGAAGGCAGCGCAGAGAGCAAAGAUCCACGACCUGGUUGAGCGACUACCGGCCGGCUACAAUACCAUGGUAGGCGAACGCGGUAUGAUGAUUUCGGGUGGUGAGAAGCAGCGACUUGCAGUAUCUCGACUCAUACUGAAAGACCCACCUUUAUUGUUCUUCGACGAGGCAACCUCUGCACUGGACACUUAUACCGAGCAGAUGCUGUUACAGAAUAUCAACAGCAUACUGAAGGAGAAAGCUCGGACUAGCGUCUUCGUUGCUCACAGAUUGCGAACUAUAUUUGACAGCGACAUCAUCUUCGUUUUGAAAAAUGGUCAGGUCGCAGAAAGUGGCACUCAUCAUGAACUUUUGAACAGGGGAGGUAUGUAUACUGAUCUUUGGGCAGCGCAAGAGACUUCGCUCGGCCAAGACAUGGAAUUGGAGCGCAAUUUGGUCAGCAAGGGAGAGAAGCCGGAGGAGCCAUAA